CUGGAUGUUUACAGUUGAUGUGCUGAUGAGUCGCUUAUGCACUCGGUUUAGAAACUCCGUGUAAAGGCCAUAUAAACCCUGAGCCUUCAGUGCUUAGUGCUGCAUGAACGUUUGGAAUCACGAACGACGCAGAAAGUGGUAACGAUAUAGCUUAGGAUUUCUUAGGACGUGAGACGUGGGACGUUGGGGCCAACUCAUCCCGACCAGGUAGAGCUGAAUUAAAUGAUGGCAACCCAAGGCGUGGCACCAAUGGAGGGGAGGGACGAGAAGGCCCCGAAGGGCUGGCUCGAUAAAUGCAAGUACGCCCUACUCAAACUGGUGGUGGUCAUGAUCUACGUGGUGAGCCACUUGUACGACUACGCCUUCUACCCAGUGUAUUUCUUCUACUACCAUCCGUGGCGGGUGCGGCGUUACCAGAAGUCCACGCACGCCCGCCGGGAAGACCUGGAGCGCGAGGCCGUCAUCUUCCACAGCCUCACCGAGCCCACCCAAGUCAACCAAGAGAUGCUGGAUCACGGACUCCAAACCAUGGAGCAAGUCUUUAACCACAUUUCGAAAAAAUACGGAUCUCAGGAUUGUCUGGGUACCCGGCAAAUCUUGGGCGAAGAGGAAGAGCCCCAGCCCAAUGGCAAGACCUUUGUGAAGUAUGUCCUCGGCCGAUAUGAGUGGCGAUCGUUCAAUCAGGUGGAGGAGGAGGUUCGACGGGUGGCCGAUGGAUUGCGAGCGCAAGGCUUACACCAUGGCACACGCGUUGCCAUUUUGUGCGAGACACGGGCCGAAUGGAUGAUAAUGGCCAAUGCUUGCUUCCAAAAUAACGCCACGGUGGUCACACUGUAUACGAAUUUGGGGAAUGAUGGAGUCAUUCACGCCAUCAACGAAACCGAAGCCGCUGCUGUGGUUUGUUCCCAAGAUACUGUUUCGAAGAUCCAAGAGAUCCUGCCCAAAUGCCCUCACCUUCAAACGGUCAUUCUGAUGAAGGCUCUGGCCCCCAAGUCCAUGCAUAACGUCAAACUUGGUGCCUGUAAAGUGGUCCGAUAUCACGAGUUGGUUCAGGGAGUCCCGUCCGACCAUGUUCCACCUCGUAAGCCCCCUCAAGCCAAUGAUUGCGCCAUCAUCAUGUACACAAGUGGAUCCACGGGCAAUCCCAAAGGUGUAAUGUUAAGCCACAAAAAUCUCCUAAGUUCUAUGACGGCCUUGAUCAAUAUCGCUCAAUUUCGUCCGGGAGACCGUUACAUCGCUUAUCUGCCAUUGGCCCACGUAUUGGAACUCUUGGCCGAAACCUCGUGUCUGAUGUACGGGAUCAAAAUUGGCUACAGCUCCGCUGCCACGCUCACCAACAAAAGCACCAAAGUGAAGGCCGGUUGCAAGGGUGAUGCUAAUGUUUUGCGACCCACAUUGAUGUGCUCUGUCCCUAUGGUCUUGGAGCGCAUUUACAAGAGCAUCGUGGACACUAUGAAACGUCAAGGCUGGGCGGCCGAAGAGCUCUUUGAAUACUUGAUGCAGUAUAAGAUGAAAUGGGAAGACCGUGGCUUUGAUACUCCGCUCCUCAACAAGACCUUGUUCCGUAAGAUUCGUUAUUUCCUGGGGGGGCGAGUCCGCUUGAUGCUCUCUGGGGGAGCGCCUUUGUCCUCAGACACGCAUAAUCUGACCAGAACUUGUAUUUGUGUCCCUCUAAUGCAAGGCUAUGGUCUGACGGAGACGACGGCUUGUGCUACUGUGACCAAUCCUAAAGAUCGAACUACGGGGCGCGUUGGAGCACCAUUAAUGGGCAUUAAGAUUAAACUGGUCAAUUGGGACGAGGGAAACUACCUGAUCAGCGAUGAGCCUCAUCCAAGAGGAGAGAUCCAUGUUGGUGGAGAUAAUGUGGCUUUGGGAUAUUUCAAAAUGGAGGAAAAAACGAACGAAGACUUUUACGAGAAGAACGGCGUAAGGUGGUUUAAGACGGGAGACAUAGGAGAGGUCCAUGCUGAUGGAGUUCUGAAGAUCAUUGAUCGAAAAAAGGAUCUCAUUAAGUUGCAACAUGGCGAGUAUGUUUCUUAUGGCAAGGUGGAAAGCGUCUUAAAAACAUGUCCUAUUGUUGAAAACAUCUGCUUGGUCGGAGACUCUUCCAAAGACUACGUUAUUGCUGUGGUCCUUCCGGAUAAAACUAAGUUGAACAGCAUCACUCCUAAAUCCUUGCCAGAAUGCGUUCAAGAUGAGAAGGUUUUGGCACAAAUUCUCAAGGAGAUCCAAACAUUCGGCAAAUCCAAUGAUCUGAAUAAAGUUGAAUUACCCGCCAAAAUCGUUUUGGCCCAAGAUGAGUGGACCCCAGAAUCAGGAAUGGUUACUGCGGCCUUCAAAAUUCGGAGACGUCAAAUUACCCAAAAAUACGAAAAGGAAAUUUCAAAGAUAUAUAAAUGAUAUGUUAUUUAUUGAAUUCUUUCCAAAGUUUGAACGUCCAAAUAACUUCCUCUUUUGAAAUCAGCGGUAUUUGUUACGAAAAAUACACGAGACGUGACGAAA